AUGGUCUACCCAACCAACGACGAGAUCAAGAAGCUCUUGGAGGCUCAGUUCCACUCGAAAAUUCAAAAAUCUGACCUCAACGAUGACUCCGAGAGCCUUUUUCAGUUCGGCCACCUGGAUGAACUCUUCUCGGACGAUGUCGAAGUCCACAUCUCUGGGCACGAAUUCCACCUCAAUGGAAAACAUCGGGGUUUGGAUUCCUUCAAAGCGCACUUGGAAUCCGAUGAUAUGCCGUCCUUGAACUCAAUCAUCGACGUGACCAAGCCAAUCAAGGGCCAGGUCCUCCAUGUCAUUGGCGGUGACCGUGACGAGUGGAAGGCUGCUGUGCUCCACAGCACUGCAACGACCCAGAACAACACCCCAUGGAACCACGAAAUGGCAGUCUUGAUGCGCUUCAACCAUGACGGAAAGAUUACCGAAUUGAGAGCCUACGCAGACACCCAGCACGUUCACAACCAUAUCCAGGCUCACAAGUGA